CUGAGGACAUAUUCCUUAUACGUCACCUACUCAACCCGGAAAAGAUUCAGAAGAGAGGCAGUACGUGGCCUUAUCAACUUGGACCACAGAGGCAGGAGCCUUGCUUCAUUUGAAAUGGAACUCGAGGCGAUGACCAGAUACACCAGCCCGGUGAACCCGGCUGUGUUCCCCCACCUCACCGUGGUCCUGCUGGCCAUCGGCAUGUUCUUCACCGCCUGGUUCUUCGUCUAUGAGGUGACUUCAACCAAAUAUACCAGAGACGUCUACAAGGAGUUGCUCAUCUCCCUAGUAGCUUCACUUUUCAUGGGCUUUGGCGUGCUAUUCUUGCUACUCUGGGUUGGCAUCUACGUAUGAAGGUGGCCGAAAUAGAAGAUGACCGCACAUUCCAACGUAACGGAUGGAUGACAACACUUAGAAACACAGGAGAUGGAUUUUGAGUUUGAUUGGACUGCACUGACAACAAUUUGGAUUGUUUUCAAAUAUAAGGGGACUUUGUACAAA